AUGGGCCUGGUCAACUCCGUGACAUCCUCCAAGGCCCAACUCACACCGGAAGUCCUCCAAGGCCCAACUCACGCCGGAAGUCCUCCAAGGCCCUACUCCCCAUCGGAAGUCCUCCAAGGCCCUACUCCCCACCGGAAGUCCUCCAAGGCCCAACUCACACCGGAAGUCCUCCAAGGCCCUACUCCCCACCGGAAGUCCUCCAAGGCCCAACCCCCCCCCACCGGAAGUCCUCCAAGGCUCAACCCCCGACCGGAAGUCCUCCAAGGCCCAACUCACACCGGAAGUCCUCCAAGGCCUAACCCCCGUCCGGAAGUCCUCCAAGGCCCAACCCCCGACCGGAAGUUCUCCAAGGCCCAACCCCCGACCGGAAGUCCUCCAAGGUUCAACCCCCGACCGGAAUUCCUCAACGGCCCAACCCCCCCACCGGAAGUCCUCCAAGGCCCAACUCCCCACCGGAAGUCCUCCAAGGCCCAACUCCCCACUGAAGUCCUCCAAGGCCCAACUCCCCACCGGAAUUCCUCCAAGGCCCAACUCCCAUCGGAAGUCCUCCAAGGUUCAACCCCCGACCGGAAUUCCUCAACGGCCCAACCCCCCCCACCGGAAGUCCUCCAAGGCCCAAGCCCCCACCGGAAGUCCUCCAAGGCCCAACUCACACCGGAAGUCCUCCAAGGCCUAACCCCCAUCCGGAAGUCCUCCAAGGCCCAACUCACACCGGAAGUCCUCCAAGGCCCAACCCCCGACCGGAAGUUCUCCAAGGCCCAACCCCCGACCGGAAGUCCCUCCAAGGUUCAACCCCCGACCGGAAUUCCUCAACGGCCCAACCCCCCCACCGGAAGUCCUCCAAGGCCCAAGCCCACACCGGAAGUCCUCCAAGGCCCAACUCCCAUCGGAAGUCCUCCAAGGCCUAACCCCCGUCCGGAAGUCCUCCAAGGCCCAACUCACACCGGAAGUCCUCCAAGGCCUAACCCCCGUCCGGAAGUCCUCCAAGGCCCAACCCCCGACCUGAAGUUCUCCAAGGCCCAACCCCCGACCGGAAGUCCUCCAAGGCUCAACCCCCGACCGGAAUUCCUCAACGGCCCAACCCCCCCACCGGAAGUCCUCCAAGGCCCAACUCCCCACUGA